AUGGCCGAGAUCGAUAAAACGUCGACGGCCAAUGACAAUGCGAUAUCCAAUGAUGAAGCGAAAAAGAAGGCAUUCAAGCAGAGAAAGCGAAAUAAGAAGAAGAGCAAGAAACAACGAAUGGAAGAAGAGGCCAAACGAAAAGAGCAAUUGGUUGGAUCAGCAAAAGAUGCGGACGAUGCGCUCGAUGACGUUGAAAUCGAAUACGUUGUGCAACCCAUUGAUGCAGACAGUUUAAAGAAUUUUGACGGCAUGGCUAAUGUCGACGAAGCCAUGUUGCAACAGUUCUCGGACGUUUUCAAACACUUCCAAGAAGGCAAAGCCACAGGAGAAGAGGAAGAUGUGGAAAUGGCGGAGCCUGCCGAAGAACAGACCAAGGCUGAAGAGGAUUCAGAGAAUGAUAAUGACGAGGAGAAAGAUUCGGAUGCUCCUCUUUCCAAGAAGAAGCAAAAGAAACUUCAACGAUUAAGCGUAGCAGAGUUGAAGCAAUUGGUCAAGAGACCUGAGGCUGUCGAGUGGUGGGAUGUCACUGCCAUGGAUCCUCGAUUGCUAGUGCACCUGAAAUCAUACCGUAACACAGUACCCGUCCCUGCUCACUGGAGUCAGAAACGAAAGUAUCUUCAGGGAAAGAGAGGUAUCGAGAAGCCACCGUGGGAGCUACCAGAUUUCAUCAAGGAUACUGGUAUUAUGGAGAUGCGUGAUGCGGUAAAAGAAAAAGAGGAUGCCGCUAAACUGAAAAGCAAAAUGCGGGAACGAGUGGCCCCCAAGAUGGGCAAACUCGACAUCGAUUAUCAAAAAUUACACGAUGCUUUUUUCCGAUUCCAGUCGAAACCCAAGUUGACCAUCCAUGGCGAAUUAUAUUAUGAGGGAAAGGAGUUUGAAACCAAAUUGAAGGAAAAGAAGCCUGGCCAUUUAUCGGACGAUUUGAAGACAGCGUUAAAUAUGCCUCCAUUGGCUCCUCCUCCAUGGCUGAUCAAUAUGCAACGAUAUGGCCCUCCACCAAGUUAUCCUAAUCUGAAGAUUCCCGGUCUGAAUGCGCCCAUUCCUGAAGGUGCCCAAUGGGGUUAUCAUCCGGGCGGUUGGGGUAGACCUCCGGUAGAUGAGUAUAAUCGACCACUUUAUGGUGAUGUGUUUGGCGUGACGCAACAAGAAGCUGUGCCGCCAGAGAUCAUUGAACCUAUCGAUCGAAAACUGUGGGGUGAACUUGAAUCGGAUGAAGAAUUCGAAGAAGAAGAGGAGGAGGAGGAGGAAGAAGAAGAAGAAGAAGAAGAAGAGGCACAAGACGAAGCUGAAGCGGCGGCGACCGAUGAAAGUUUGAAAGAAGGCUUGGUUACACCUUCGGGCAUGUUGUCGGUGGCGUCUGGUUUGGAAACGCCUGAUUUCAUUGAGUUGCGUAAGGAAGCUCGAAAGCCAGCAGAAGAUGAAGGCCCCAAGCAAUUGUAUCAAGUCAUCCCAGAAGUGGAGAAACGCAUUACCGGUUUCAUGGGAUCGCAGCACGGUUAUGAUUUAUCCACGGUUGAGAAGCCAAUGGCGGCUCCUACGAGUGUUCGUACUUCGAAACGCAAGUUGGGCGAUAACGUGGAUGUGGCCAUUGACCCUAGCGAACUGGAAAGUGGUUUGGAUGAAUCGACAUUGCGUGCUAAAUACGAAGCGCAAGUGAAAUCCAAGCUGCCGUCGGGAGUGGGCAAUGAAGAUUUAUCGGAUAUGUACGCUGAGCAUGCCAGCAGGCAGGCCAAGAAGUUGAAGUCGCAGGAAAGUAAGAAGGAAGCCAAGAAGAAGGAAUUCAAGUUCUAA